AUGCAGAGCUCCUCCGCGCAGGAUCAUGCUGACCAGGCCGCCCAACAACAUCUCCAAUCGCAAGGACAAGACACGCGCCAACAGAGCUCCUCUCAAGGCCAGGGCAAUAAUAUAGAUCCUGCCAUCUCAGGCGGCGCCAUGCUAGCCCCUAAUCCGCAGGCAUCGCUUGCUCAAGUGCUGCCGCAGAUCCUCCCUGGUAUGCAAGACGCUGCCGGUAACGAUUCUCGCAAGACAUAUGGCAAGCGAGAGUUGUCCACCUCGAAACGAGCAGAACAGAACCGCGCCGCCCAAAGAGCAUUUCGCCAACGAAAAGAAGGUUAUAUCCGUCAACUAGAAGCCCAAGUUAAGGACUUCAAAGUCUUAAGCGAGAGCUACAAGGCUCUGCAAGUGGAAAAUUUCCAGCUGCGCGAGUACAUCAUCAGUCUGCAGUCGCGCCUGAUUGAUUCACAAAAUGAAGUCCCAGCGCUGCCAGAUAAUAUUGAUCUCAGCCAACCACGCCCAGAGCCCCCGCUCGCCGACUCACACGACUCGGGCAGUCCAGCAGGACCACCGCAGUCGCAGCAAUCACAAUCGCAACAGUCACAGCAGCAGGCGGCCAUGUCAGCAGCGCCUGCGUCAGUGCCCCCUCUUGCUCCUCAUCAACACCACCAUCAGCCCUCCACCGCGCCAUCGAACGGGACAAAUGACGAAAUUACUCAGUUGAACCGCAUUGCCGUUGCCGGCUUGGGCAUACGCAAGCAGCGCAAUCUUUCUCCCGCUCACACUCAUACCCAUAGCAGUAGUCAUGCUCAAACUUCCCAGUCCGAGAUUGGCAGCAGACGUGCGUCAUACUCGGCUUCGCCCAAACGUCGGCGGACAGAUGAUUAUCAACCCGAAAACCGCAGUAUGGUGCGGAUGUGA